UGAACCAUUUGAGUCUAUACACUGUUGCAUAGCUCCUGCUUCAGAUUGAAACGCACCUCACCUCACCUCACCUCCAACAUCAACUUCAAUCCUGAUUCAUUCUUCACAGAAUGGAUCACUCUGAAAUCUUCAAUUUUGCUCGGAAUUUCGCAGUUAUGGUCAGAGUUCGUGGUCCUGACCCAAAAGGGAUGAAGAUGAGAACACACGCUUUUCAUCAUUACCGUUCUGGUGAAACAACUCUUUCAGCUUCUGGGUUUCUUGUUCCUGAUACCCUUUUUGAUACUCAAGUAGCUAAGCGUAUAUAUGGUGAUAAUUUUGAGGAUAGGGUAUUGGUUGUGACUGUUGCUUCUGUUGUUGAGCCUUUUCUAUCUCCUCAACACAGAGAGAGUAUUCCUCAGGGUAGGCCUGACUUGAUUUCUGGCGUUCGGAUUGAUAUUAUGACUGAGAAAACCAACGAAGGAUCUGAUCAAGGCAACCCUUGUUUGCUUGAGGGGAAGCUUUUGUCAUUAGUUGACAUUCCUGCUUCAGCCCAUUGUGUCCAGUCACUUGUUGAAGCAUCUCUAGGCUUGUCAGAGCAUGAAUGGGAGGUUGGUUGGUCUUUGGCAUCUCACAAUAACGAUUCUCAAUCCUCCAAAGAUAAUUUUCAAACUCAGGGGAGGUUGGCAGUCGGUGGAUCUGGAAGUGCAAGUAUUAUGUGCAAAUCACUAACUAGAAUGGCCAUUCUUAGCGUUUCUUUAUCUUUCAAGGAUAUGCUGAACUAUAAAAAAUCUUCCAUAAAUAAAAGGGGUGACUUUCUUCUGGCAGUUGGCUCUCCAUUUGGAGUCCUCUCACCAACACAUUUCUUUAACAGUUUAUCUGUUGGUUGUAUCGCAAAUUGUUAUCCUCCUAAUUCAUCUGACGGAUCAUUGCUGAUGGCGGACAUACGCAGUCUUCCUGGAAUGGAAGGCAGUCCAGUUUUCAAUGAGCACGCAUGUCUUACUGGUGUCCUGACCAGACCAUUGAGGCAAAAGACAAGUGGAGCGGAAAUUCAGCUGGUGAUUCCGUGGGAAGCUAUUGUGAAUGCUGCUAGCGGAUUGCUGCAGAUGUGGCCUCAGAACACAGUAGAAGGGUUAUGUUAUCAGGAGGGAAACUCUAAUGCUCUAGGAAAGGAAACUUUUAUCGACUGUGAAAAAUCAGAACCUCAUGUACCCUCUAGUAAUAGACACAAGCAUUUAAAUUUUGGUAGUUCUUCCCCAUUACCAAUUGAGAAAGCAAUGUCUUCUGUUUGUCUUGUUACUAUUGGUGAUGGAGUUUGGGCAUCUGGCAUUUUAUUAAACAGCCAAGGUCUCAUACUCACAAACGCCCAUCUGUUAGAACCUUGGAGAUUUGGGAAAACACAUAUAAGCGACAGAAGAUAUGGAACCAAUGCAGGGAAAUUUUCUUCCGUGUUGGAAGGAACUACAUCUCAUGGCAAUACGGUUGGAAACAUUCAAAUUAGUCAAAAGUUACCUUCAAAGAUGACAAAUCUUUAUCCUUUUGCUAAUGAUGAGAAGGGGAGAUAUAAAUCGAAUCCAACUUAUGACAUCCAUAGAAAUAUACGUGUACGCCUUGAUCAUGUCGAGCCUUGGGUUUGGUGUGAUGCUAAAGUAGUUUACAUCUGUAAAGGACCAUGGGACGUUGCGUUACUGCAGCUUGAACCAGUUCCAGAUAAUCUGUUGCCUAUUGUAACAAAUUUUUCCAGGCCAUUCACAGGAUCAAAGGCAUAUGUUAUUGGCCAUGGAUUAUUUGGCCCUAAGUGCGAAUUCUCCCCAUCAGUCUGCUCCGGAGUGGUAGCGAAAGUGGUUGAAGCAAAGACUCCUCAAUCUUAUCACUCCAUUCAAUCUGAGCACAUGCAUUCCCAUGGCCGUUUCCCAGCCAUGCUUGAAACAACAGCCGCUGUUCAUCCUGGUGCUAGUGGUGGGGCUGUGAUCAAUUCGGACGGUCAAAUGAUCGGCCUGGUUACAAGCAAUGCAAGGCAUGGUGGUGGAUCGAUAAUACCCCAUCUUAAUUUUAGUGUUCCAUCUGUAGCUUUGGCACCAAUCUUCAAGUUCGCAAAAGACAUGCAUGAAUUAUCACUUUUGAGGAUUCUAGACGAACCUAACGAAUACAUUUCAUCUGUAUGGGCGUUAAUGCGGCCAUCAUCUCCCGAGCUCAAUCAAGCACCAGAUCAAUCGCAAUCUGUUUUAGACAAUAAAAGUAAAGAAGAGAAAGGUUCUCGGUUUGCUAAGUUUAUUGCUGAAAGAAAGGAUAUUUUCAAUGGCCCUUCUCCUAUUGGAAAGAGUGGAGUGCUUUCUAAGGAUGUUAUUCCUAGUAAGUUAUGAUGCCUGAUGAAAAUCAUUGAAGUUUUCUUGUUCUGGAUGAAAAAUCAUUAUUGCCAGAAAUUAAUGGCGUGUGUAUUUCCUUGUAAUCUAUGCAUUUUGCAUUGGGAGAUUCUGUGCUAGAUUAUUAGUGGAAAGAAAAUCCAUGAAAUACAUUUUUAUAAAUCUCUAAAUGAUUAUAUUUGUACCUUCCUAAACCUAAAAGCUGAUUUUGCACAA